UAUCUAUGUAAACAACGUAGUAACAUUUAGCAGUGUGAAGCACUUGAAGGCCAAGUUCUUUUUUUCCCCUCUUAACAUCUGAAUGGAUAAAAAAACCGGAAGUGGAAUAAAAACAGAACGAAAUUGCGCAUAAUUAUUACUGAAAAAAAUGUUCACAAGUGGGACUAUAUUUUCGCGUAGAAAUAAAUGUCUGUUUCUCGCUAUAUUUUCAACGGUUUUAUUUUUUAUUUUACUGUUAAAUAUUGGAGUAUUUAGUAGUGUUCCAACGUACACUGGAGAACUCUGUAAACUUGAUGAAAUUCAAGUUCAAGGUAGUUUUGAUAGAAAGAAAUUUGCAGGAAAUUGGUACGCAACUUUUACAAAAGGGCUAGACAAUUCCCUUCUUGCGAAUCUUUUGGACUUUUAUGACGUCAAGACAAAUUUCAUCCUCAGAGAUAACGGAGAUUUCGAUAUCAAAUCAGUUGGAGGAAAAUUUUACGGAAUGUGGUGUCCCGAGGGACUUGGACAUAUGUCGGCCGAAGAUAAAGAAUACCCACAGAAACUGGCAAUUUUCUUUGAUACACCCACGGGGAAACAGUUUGGAACCAAGCCAGUAUGGGUUUUAAAAACUGACUACAAAAGGUAAGUUGUUAAAACUGACUACAGUUAGAU